UAUUUUCAAAAAAAACUAAAUUGUGUGAAAUUCUAGAAUCAUCUUCUCUGUGAUUACUAGAAGAAGAAAAAUGGCGGAUCAGCUUACUGAUGACCAGAUCUCUGAGUUCAAAGAGGCUUUCAGCUUGUUCGACAAGGACGGAGAUGGUUGCAUCACGACCAAGGAGCUUGGGACUGUGAUGAGGUCGUUGGGACAGAACCCUACUGAAGCUGAGCUCCAGGACAUGAUAAACGAGGUGGAUGCAGAUGGUAAUGGAACCAUCGACUUCCCAGAGUUUCUAAACCUCAUGGCCAGGAAGAUGAAGGAUACUGACUCUGAGGAGGAGUUGAAAGAGGCAUUCAGAGUUUUCGACAAGGAUCAAAAUGGCUUCAUCUCAGCUGCUGAGCUUCGUCAUGUGAUGACUAACCUUGGAGAGAAGCUCACUGAUGAAGAAGUCGAUGAGAUGAUUAGGGAAGCAGAUGUUGAUGGUGAUGGACAAAUCAACUAUGAGGAGUUUGUUAAGGUCAUGAUGGCCAAGUAAUUCCACCAUCCUCUUGUUACAUUUGAAGUUUAGACUUGUCAAAAAUGUGAAAAAAAAGCCAAAAAUAAUUCAUUGGAUAGGAUCUUGUCUAGUAUAAUGUAAGUCUUACCAUCUCGAUGUAUUGAACCUUCAUUGAAUGUAAUGUUUUAUUGUAAGGGUGGUGUAAUCUCUACUUAUUUUCUUGAA